GACAGCUGUAUGAACUUUGUCCUCUCUACAGUUAGCAAAACAACAGGCAGAGUAUAAAAGGGGGGAGCAGUGGAGGAGGAGGCUUGUUUUUGUUAAAGGAGUUGCCUCGACGCAGAGCUGAACAGAGAGAAGGAAACUUUUUAACCAAAAGAUUGGGGCAGUGAGGAGGCGCCACAGAGAUGUGGACAUGCCUUAGUCUGCUCCUCACUCUCUGCCUGCUCCAUGGGGGCGGUGCAGAGAGUGAAGGGGGUGGGCCUCGCUGUCAGCUGCCACCAGCCUGGAAGAUCGGGGAGGUGGAGCCGAUGAAAGGGUCAAUGGGCCGGGUGACAGUGGUGACCCUUUUACAGGCCAGCUGACUGUUCUGUUUGGUGCAGGCUUCCAGAAUGGAGGGCCUGCGCCAGACACUGGAGAGUCAGGGGCUGAGGGAUGUGGCUUAUAUGGUCAUAAACCACCAGGGGGAGCAAGCGCAGCGCCUGCAUCCCAUGCUGGCUGAGCGACUUCCAGAGGGCGUCACACUCUACAAACAGGAUGGGCAACAGCCUGAUAUUUGGCAGUCACUAGGUGGAGAGAAAGAUGAUUUUCUCAUUUAUGACAGGUGUGGCCGUCUCACCCAUCACAUUUCACUUCCAUACUCUAUCAUUGGACAUGGCCAUAUUGAGAAUGCAAUCAAAGAUACCUAUUGCAAACACAUAUGUGGAGAGUGUUCAUAUGAGACUGCUGAGACUCCAGAGGAAUGCAAACCAAAAGCAGAUGCACAGCCUGAUGGAGAUGGUAGUCCAGCUGGAGGUGAUGCAACGCAGCGUGAUCACAGUCAUCAUCACAGCCAUGGUCAUCAUGGUCAUCAUGGUCAUCAUGGUCACAACCGCCAUGGGGAUAAUCAUUUUUUCCAUCCCCGUGGCGUUGGUCGUGGCCAUGAUAACAACCAUGGUCAUCAUCACCAUGGAAACCAUGAUAGUGCGGCCCAUGGUUCUGACUUUGGACAAGGUCAAAGUCAGCAAGGUUUGGGUUCAGAAGGACAUGAUCACCACAAUGGGGCAUCUCAAAGUCAGCAUCAUUUAGACUCAGAUCAGAUGCAGCAAGCAGUGCACAUACAGGAGAUGACACAGAGGGCCCAAGGAGCCCCCACUAGGCCUUGAGUAACAGACACAGGGAGGUGAAAGUCGAAGUUCAGCUGACAGUGGACAGCAGGCUCUGACAAUGAAGCCUCUCCUAAGGCCAGCUGAUGCUGACACUGACGCAGGUUGUUUGGCGAUGCAGGGAGUGAGCAGUCGCUUGGUCUCUGACACUGUGAUGAGGCGUUGCCCGCCUCCUGUCAGUGACACGGGCUAAUGGGCGAUGCAGUUAAUAAUGUUAGGGAGACCUGACAGUGACGCUUGCCUCCUGCUGCCUGACAGCAGCCUCAGACAGCCCAAUGAGCCUGACCCCCUGGUGUUGUUAGCUGAGGAUGACAACAGUUGUAAGCUGGCACUGAUAUCAGCCAGCAACACAGAGGCCAAGUGCUCUUUUUACCAACAAGUAUUACCCUGGGACAGGGGGAUGAGCAAUCUUGACGACAAAGAUGAGCAGGCAAAAUCCAAUAUCACACAUAAAGAUAAAAAUGAGAUUAAUGAAAAUAUCAACCAACACAAGUAGUGCCAGCGUAUUAUUCAUAUAGAUGAACUGCACCUGCUAAGUUUCAACUGCUUUGAUCUGUCCGUGGUUGUUCUUCUCCUGUCUCAGGAGUGCAUGUGGUUGUCAUGUUCACAAAUGGCCUCCUCCAUUUUGUUCUCACCAUCCUAUAUGAAGCCAGGCGCAGAAACUAUGCUCUAGUGGCACCUGUAUGAUGUCAGGCAGGUGAGAGAGGAGGGGGUUGUUCAAGAACAUGAUAAACACUUUAAACAUUUAAAAUUUCAUAGUUUAAAAAAAAAAAGUUUUUUUUUAAAUGCAUGUAACAGCCUUUUUUUUAAAAACCCAAAACUAUAGGCCAGUAACUACACAGCAAACUUUAAAUAGUGCUAUUGAUCAGUCUUGAACAUAUGUUAUAGAAGUAACAAUAAUGAAUGACUUUACUUUUGUUUGUACUUAGUGAUACAGUUCAUGAGUUUUAACAUAUUUCAGGUAUACCCUUUCACUUUAGAUGUCUUACGUUACACCUUGCAGUACUUCAGUUACUAAAUCUUCUACAUAGAUCAUAAAUAGCAAAUGUUUUUUUAAGGCUUUAAAAGGGGAAAAACAGCUUUUACAAAGUUUUAUGGUUUGAGAAUUAUUAAUCAGAAAAUGAGAGUGAAGUGGUGAAUGACUGUUGGAAUACACUCUGUACUUAAUGAUGGUUUCUGUGGAAAUAUAACUGUCACCCUAAAGACCUGAUGUUUGCACAGAGAACGGCAUUCUGUUAAAGUCACUGAAAAUGGAAAAUGAGAGUUGAAUAAAGAUGGUUUAGUUAAUCUC